AUGUUUCUGGGAGAAGUGGCGUCUUCUGGUGCCAUGGGAGGAUCUGCUGUCUACCUGCUGGCUGUGUUUGCAUUCAGCUUAUCAGCCGUGUCUCACAGCCAGCCGCUAUGCACGCUGAUCACUCCAAGUGUCCUGCGCGUGGACAGCGAAGAGAUGGUCAUUGUGGAAGCUCAUGGCCACAGUAGCCCGAUCGAGGCGAGGAUCACCGUGUAUGACUUCCCACAGAGGAAGAGUGCCUUGGUUUCGACCACAGUCAGCCUGAACCCUGGGAACGGCAUGAUGAAUUCUGCCAAAAUAAAGGUUCCUGCUCAGCUACUGCCAAAGGAUGCCCAGAAGAAGCAAUAUGUCUACAUCGAAGCCAAGAGCAGCCUGUUCACCUUAGAGAAGGUGGUUCUGCUUUCACUCCACAGCGGCUACAUCUUCAUCCAGACAGAUAAGACCAUCUACACACCUGGGUCUACAGUGAGGUACCGGCUUUUCACUGUGGGUCACAUGUUGGACCCCAUCUUCAAGGUGGUAUCUGUGGAGCUCAUGAAUCCGGAUGGGAUUAUUGUAGAGAAGAACAUGGUGUCCUCGAUGGACCAAGGUGGCAUCAUCUCCAGGAGCUACAAGAUCCCUGAUAUCGUGAACAGCGGAGUGUGGAAGAUUGUCUCCAAGUACGAGCAUGCCUCUCAGGAGGCCUUCACCGCCGAGUUUGAAGUCAAGGAAUACGUGCUGCCUAGUUUCGAAGUGACCCUGGAGCCUUCCCAGAAGUUCUUCCUUGUUGACCAGAAUGAGCUUAGCAUCGACAUUACAGCCAAGUUCCUAUAUGGGAAGCCAGUUCAAGGCCAAGCCUAUGCGCUCUUUGGAGUGAUGGUGGAUAAUGAGAAAAAGAGCAUCGUGAACUCACUCAACAAAGUCCCGAUCAAGGAUGGCAAAGGCUGUGCUAAGCUAACCAAAGAAAUGUUGCGUAGCAGGUUCCCCAGACCCAGCGAGCUUCUCGGUCACUCAAUCUAUGUGACAGUGACAGUGCUGACGGACACAGGGAGUGACAUGGUGGAGGCUGAGAAAUCCGGGAUCCACAUUGUGACCUCUCCCUACAAAAUCCUCUUCUCCAGAUCUGCUACGUACUUCAAACCCGGGCUGCCCUUUAACCUGGUGGUCUCCGUGGUGAACGCAGACGGGUCCCCCGCCUCCCAGGUCCCCGUGCGCAGCGGGACAGGUGCCAGCGGUUUGACACAGGCUGACGGGACAGUGCAGCUGGCGAUCAACACUCCAGCAGAUGCAUCUCAAUUCUCAGUGAAGGUGGAAACUGUGGUUGCCAACCUCCGGCAGGAGCAUCAGAGCUCGGCAGUCUGGGCCAUGGUAGCCUACAGGUCGCAAGGGGGCUCGAGGAACUACCUGCACAUUUCGGUACCGGCCACUCAGCUCCAGCCGGGGAACGCCCUGCCUGUGAGCUUCAGCUUGCGGAACAGUGACGCUGGCAUUCAGGGGCAGAUCCACUAUUUCACCUACCUGAUCCUGAACAAAGGGAAGAUCAUCCAGGCUGGAAGGCAGGCCAGGCAAGCGGGACAAACUCUGGUGACCAUGUUCCUGCCCAUCACCCCAGACCUCAUCCCUUCUUUCCGAAUCGUGGCUUACUACCACGUAGGGCAGAAGGAGAUCGUGGCAGACUCGAUCUGGUUGGACAUCCAGGACUCCUGUAUGGGAACGCUGAAGGUAACAGGUGCGACGGAGCAAGACAACGAUGUCCAGGCGCCGGGUGGGAAGAUGAAUCUCCGAGUGAAGGGAGAUCCCGGCGCCAGGGUCGGGCUCGUGGCUGUGGAUAAAGCUGUUUAUGUGUUAAACAGGAAAUAUAAAUUCUCCCAAGCCAAGAUCUGGGACGCAGUGGAGAAGAGUGACAUCGGCUGCACGCCCGGCAGCGGCAAGGACCACGUCGGGGUGUUUGCGGACGCUGGGCUGCUGCUUCAGACCAACGUUGGCAUUGAGACGCCCCAGCGGGCAGAGUCCCGCUGCUCCCAGCCCGCUCGGCUUCGGCGCUCGCCCCUGAUCUCAGGGAGAAAAGCUGCCAAAGCGAGGCAGUAUCCAAGCCAGCGCCUGCGGAAGUGCUGCCAGGACGGCAUGCAAGAGAACCCCAUGGGCUACUCUUGCGACCGACGAGCCAAGUACAUCCUGGAGGGCGGCGAGUGCAUCCAAGCCUUUCUCGACUGCUGCAAGCACAUCUUCAACAGGCCCCUCCAGGUCCACAGGAAGUUCCUGUUCUCAAAGCACGUGUUAGCGGCAUCCGUUCCUGUGAUGGCCCCCAGGAGGAGCCAGGAGCCUGUGGCUGAAGUCGCAGAGGACGGGGAGUACCUGGCGGACGAGGACAUCGUCUCCAGGAGCCAGUUUGCCGAGAGCUGGCUCUGGCAAAUGGAGCUGCUGCCGCAGGAGGCCGAGUCGGACGGGCUGGCUUCCAGAACCGUGCCGGUGUACCUGGAGGACUCCAUCACCACCUGGGAGGUGCUGGCCGUGAGCCUCUCCAGGACAAGGGGGAUCUGCGUGGCCGAGCCUUAUGAAAUAACGGUGAUGAAGCAGUUCUUCGUUGAUCUCCGGCUGCCCUACUCCGUGGUGCGGAACGAGCAGGUGGCCAUCCGGGCCGUGCUGUACAACUACGCACCCCGGGCUCUCCAGAUCCGGGUGGCACUGAUGUACAACGAGAAGAUCUGCAGCUCCAGCAGGCGCGACAGCCAGUUCCGGCAGGAGCUGGUGAUCCAAGCCGGAGCCUCUCGAGCCAUCUCCUACGUGAUCAUCCCCCUUGAGCUGGGGGAGGUGGAGAUCGAGGUGACAGCGGCCAUCCAUGGGCUCCCCAUUGCAGAUGGCGUGAAGAAGAAGCUCAGGGUGGUGCCUGAGGGCAUGAAAAUCUUUAAGAACAUCAAGAGUGUCCUGCUGGAUCCGGCUGCCCGCGGCUCAGCCUCUGGGGAGCAGCUGGAGACAAUCGCGCCUGUGGACAUGAGUAACGUGGUCCCCAACACCGAGCCGGUGACCUUCAUCAGCGUGAAGGGGGACAUCGUGGGCGACACGGUGGAGAACUCCAUUGACGGUGCCAACUUGAAGCACCUGAUCCAGGUCCCAGCAGGCUGCGGGGAACAGAACAUGAUCGGCAUGACCCCCGCUGUCAUCGCCACCCACUACCUGGACAGCAGCCAGCAAUGGGAGAGGCUCGGCGUGGAACGCAGGGCGGAGGCCAUCAAGUUCAUCACUCGGGGGUACACCCAGCAGCUGGCUUAUCGGAAAGCAGAUAACUCCUAUGCAGCCUUCACAAACAGACCAGCGAGCACCUGGCUGACAGCCUACGUGGUGAAGGUCUUUGCCUUGGCCGACGAACUGAUCGCUAUCAACCCCGAGGUGCUGUGCGGGGCUGUGAAGUGGCUGAUCCUGCAGACGCAGAAGCCUGACGGGGCGUUCCAGGAGGAUGCCCCCGUGAUCCACGGGGAGAUGGUGGGAGGGUACCAGGGUUCGGAGCCGGAUGCUUCUCUGACGGCCUUCGUUGUCAUUGCGAUGGUGGAGGCCAGAGACGCCUGUCAGCCGUAUGUGGAGAGCUUGGGCAGAAGCAUCACGAAGGCUGGAGAUUACUUGGCGAGGCGCAUGAAAGACCUGAAGAAACCCUACUCCGUGGCCAUCACGUCCUACGCACUGGCGCUGCUGGGCCACGCUGGAGCAGGAGACAGGCUCAUGGCGCUUUCCACGGGAGGAACGCACUGGGCCGACCCCCAGUCCCGUCUCUACUCCAUCGAAUCCACCUCUUACGCCCUGCUGGCCUUGCUGAAGCAGAAGAGGUUGGAGCUGACAGGUCCCAUUGUCCGGUGGCUGACGGAGCAGCGGUAUUAUGGAGGAGGCUACGGCUCAACCCAGGCCACGAUCAUGGUCUUCCAGGCUCUGGCCCAGUACCAGAUGGAUGUGUCGGAAACCAAGGACACGGCCCUGGACGUUUCCAUUAACCUGCCGGGUCGGAGCAGGCCCCUGCUCUGGAGAAUCAACCGGGACAAUGCCAUGGUGGCCAGGACGGAGCGGACCAAGCUGACCGACGGCUUCACUGUCUCUGCCAAGGGACACGGCAAAGGGACACUGUCGGUGAUGACGGUUUAUUACGCUCCCCUGACGGAGGGGGCAGCAGCCUGCAAGAAGUUUGACUUUAGCGUCUCUGUGCAAAGGGCACCUGAUGCCAAGAAGCCAGAAGGAGCCCUGGCCUCUGUGUUCAUCCAGAUCUGCAUGCGGUUCCUGGGAACGGUGGACUCCACCAUGACCAUCCUAGACGUCUCCAUGCCCACCGGCUUCUCCCCAGACAUGGACGACUUGGAUAAGCUCACGAACCGUGUGGACAAAUACAUCUCCAAGUUUGAACUGGACACGGAUCUGUCUGAGAGAGGUUCCCUCAUCCUCUAUCUAGACAAGGUGUCCAGCAAAGAGACAGACUGUCUGAAAUUUAAAGCUCACCAGCACUUCGAAGUGGGUCUGAUCCAGCCGGCCGCCGUGAUGGUGUACGAGUACUACUCCCUGGAAAACCGCUGCACAAAAUUUUACCAUCCAACCCAAGACAGCGGCUUGCUGAAGGUGCUGUGUGAGGAAGACGCCUGCCGUUGCAUGGAAGAGAAAUGCAGCCUGAUCAAGAAAUUUAAACAACCCCCUGCUGACAUCUCUGUCCGCAUCGAAGCCGCGUGUGAGGCUGGGGUGGAUUAUGUCUAUAAAGCUCAGCUGGUGAAGGUGGAGCAGAACGGGAUGUACAAUUACUUCACUAUGAGGAUCGUGCAGGUCGUUAAGGAAGGGACAGAGCAAGGCAUCCAGGGGAAGACCCGUCGAUUUAUCAGCCCAGUGGCUUGCAAGGCGACCCUGAACCUGCUGGAGAACAGGAGCUACUUGAUCUGGGGCCUCAGCAGUGACCUGUGGGAUCUGAAGACUGAGAUGGCUUACUUGCUUGGGAGCGGUUCCUGGGUUGAGCUGUGGCCAAACCCCAUGGAAUGCCAACAGGGACAUUUCCGUGCCCUCUGCAAGGGGCUGGAGGAGUUUGCCCAGCACAUGAUGACAAACGGCUGCCCUUCAUAGGCCGAGAAGAGGAGGACCCAGGAACGUCACUAGCUGUCACCCUUUCUGUGGGGAGGUCUCCCUUGUCCCCCAUGCCCCCAUCUAUAAUGUUAAUUGGAGUCAUGGCAGAACCUCUAUACAUUUCACAGCAGCAGGGGUAGGACUCACAUCCUCCUGCAUGCAGUCCCCUGCCUCUGGAUCUGCAGGAGAAUCUCCUACAGCUGCUCGUAGCAUGGGCUUAUGACACACAGUUAUGCAGUUCAAAUUCCAUCCAGUAGAGGGCAGCAGCGGACGUACACACAGCUCAUGACACUGCUGUUUUCCAUAACCCUCUAUUAUCCUUGUAAUACCCCCUGCUCUGCGAUUUCUACUGAUCCAAGCUCUCUGGACACAGAGGACAGAGCACGGAACCGUAGCUUGUGUGGGUCGUUCCCACCUCUGAGAUACCCAAGGCCUCUGUCAUUUCUUUACACCGUGGCACACUUCAACCGUCCCUGAACUGAACUGAAUACUCCUUUGUACAGCACCUGUUACAAUGCCCACCCCCUCUGAAUCCUCAAUCCAGAAACUUUGUGCCUCCUCAGGGAGCUAUCCUGAGGCAUCUGUCUGGGUUUGUACCUGUUUUAUCCCACGAAUGUGAAUAAAGUUUUGCGGCAGCAGGGAAACGGCUGUCAGCACCCAUAAGGGGAGAUUUAUUUCAUGGGCUGCUUUAGAUUGACUCCAAGCCCUCUAUAACCCUAGGGAAACUUAAUGCGCCAUGUGGAUGCUCUAGAUGGUAAGAUCUUUGGGGCAGGAGCUGUCUUUUCAUUCUGUGGUUGUACAGCGCCUGGCACGGUGCGGUCCUGGGUGCUGUGAUCAUACAAAUAAUUUAAAAUAGCCUGGAAUAAAGGUGACUUUAUUCCAGAAUGACUCUGCAUUAGAAGCACCCUAAUACUUGCAGAAUAAAGUGAUUUCUGGUCUGGAAUUGAGUAUCCAGGAGGAGCUACUCCAGUCAGUGUCUAUGUAUAAACAAGGAAGGAUGAUGGUCUAGUGGUUAAAGCAUUGACCUAGGAUGUGGGAGCCUUGGGUUUAAUUCCCUACUCUGUCCUCUUCUGACCCUGGGCAAGUCACAUGGCCUCUCCAUGCCUCAGUUCCCCCACUGAACAACAGGGAUAACAGCACUGCCUCACAGGGGGUCGAGGAUAAACCCAUUAAAGAGUGUGAAGUGUUUGAGUUCCAGUGAUGAAAAGCACCAUAUCAGAAAUCGGCAUUAUUUCAUUACCAAGCUUCCCCCUGUGCCCACCCCUUCUUACGCAGCAGGAAGACGAAGGGGGAACAUUUUGGCUAAGAUUCCUGAGCACGGACCCAGCCUCGGCACAUCUGGGCUCCGCCUGCAAUCAAACAACCCCAAGCAAUCUCUAGGGUAAAAGGCAAAGGACCCUCCCGUGCUGUUUUGCUGAGCAUUC